ACUUCCCUUCUCUUUUAGCCCAUUCUGGCCCACCAGGACAGACAGAAGGGAGCGAGCCGGAGCGGAUAGAGAGAGGCAGCGGGGCAAGAUGGCGUCUUCUGCGCGGUGGAAUCACGUGUGGGUUGGAUCCGAGACUGGCAUCCUGAAAGGGGUGAACCUGCGGCGGAGACAGGCCACCAACUAUGUGGCGGCCUCGGCACUGCGCCGGGAUGAGGGCGUCAGUGCCAUGUGCUGGGGGGACCCCUCCGAGUCCGAGAUCCUCGUCGGCUGCCUGGAUCGGUCGGUGAAGCUGUUCAGCACCGAGAAGGGAAAGUUCACAGAGUCGCGGCAGUGUCUGGGCGGGGAGGGCUCGUUCUGCGGCCUGGCCGUGCACGACAGUUCCAUCAUCACCUGUGUGGAGUCUGGUCUCCUCAAGGUCUGGCGGGAUGCUUCAUCCGAAAACAUGGAAACCCAGGUGGGGGCUGGUGUGUGCCGUAUGCGCCAGAACCCUGCCCAGCCGCAGUGUGUGGGGACAGGUGGGAAGGAGAACGCUCUGAAGGUCUGGGACUUGCACCGGCCUGAGGAACCCAUCUUCCGUGCCAAAAAUGUGCGGAAUGACUGGCUCAAUCUCCGAGUCCCUGUGUGGGAGCGUGACCUGCAGUUCCUACCUGGGUCUGAGAAGAUUGUCACCUGCACUGGGCACCACCAGGUGCGGCUGUACGACCCCAGCUCCCCACAGCGGCGCCCUGUGCUGGAGGCAACCUAUGGGGAAUACCCCCUCACAGCCCUCUCCCUCACCCCUGGUGCUGACUCUGUGGUGGUAGGCAGCUCGCACGGGGACAUGGCUGUCAUCGACCUGCGGCAAGCAGGACGGCUGGUGAAAUGCCUGAAGGGCUUUGCUGGGAGUGUGCGCAGCGUCCACUGUCACCCCACCCUCCCACUCGUGGCUUCCUGUGGCCUUGACCGCUUCCUGCGGGUACAUAAUAUCGAGGACAAGCGCUUGGUACACAAGGUGUAUCUGAAGUCCCGGCUAAACUGCCUGCUGCUGACCAGCCGUGAGAAGUGGGAGGAUGAAGAACCUGAACCUGCAGCCCCCCAAGCAGACGUGAAGGAGGAAAAAGAUGAGCUGUGGGAUGGCAUGGAGACGGUGGCUACCAGAACAGUGCUCAAGCGCACCGGGGACCCCAAUGUCCGGGAGACCCAGCUAGGCAAGCAUCCCAAGAAGCAGAAGAGAACGAGCGCUGGGCCUUGA